CAGCUGAUACAGUCACAUGACCACCGCUGUGCCGUUAGCAUAAUAGGUAGAUAGAAGCCGUGUAGCAGGGAGCGUAAAUAGCCCGGACUGAGGGGAAACACCGCAAAGAAAUGCGUGCAGAAAGCUCCAGGUUGCUCCUAGCAAAGGUGCAGUUUCAGUUGUGACCGCUGAGCCGAGGAGAGUCCCGGUGAAGGUGACAAUGCAUCCGUUCGGCCGUGAAGCUGAGACGUCACUUCAGGACCUGUUUGAGUAUUUCAAGAGGUGUCUGCAGCAUGCAGAGUGGGAGCUGGCCAGAGCUUGUGUUCCACAGCUGGUGAACUCAGGAGGAGAACUUUCAGAGCAGCUGCAAGUCAUAAUCAGAGCUAUUGUCACCCAUCCUUACAGCUUAAAAUGGGAGUCCAUAGGAAGUCCUCACAGACUGGCCUGGUUUUGGCUGCAGGUGUUGGAGGAACACACAGAAGAGCAGGUUUCUCCCAACACCAAAAAAGAACUGGAGUUUCUGUUACUUCUGGAGGAGCUGGAGUCACAGGGCAUACCAGAGGCUGUUCUAAAGGAGUUGCGUCAGGCCUUCUUGAACUCCCAGUCUGAGCAUAAGACCUCAGAAGAUUCAGGAACAGCAGGUUCUGCCGUGGAGUCGUGUCUGCAAACCCUGCUGGAGAAAAAGAAGCCGAGACUCGCCCAGACUUUAGCACAUUUCUUACAGGACCAGUCGUGCUCGGAGGACCAGACCCUGCAGCACACGUUCAUCCAGCACCUGCUGAAGAAGCUGGGGAAGCCGGAGAGGAGCGCGGAGAAGGUGGAGGUCUGGAUGGAGGAGAUCUAUGGAGUGUUGGCCGUGAUGCCGUGGAGCUCUCAGAGAGGCGACGGGCAGCUGGAGGCUCUUUGUGAAGCUCUGUGGGCGGCCAGAGAAGGACCCCUGAAGGAGGAGAGGAUCCUCAGCUGCCUGUUUCGACCUCGAUGCGACGCUUUGGUCACGACUUACUGCUGCACGGCUCUGAGGCUGCAGAGGGAUCAUCUGCUGAGGAACUCACCUCAGACACAAGUGGACCUUCCCGAAGCCGAAAAGCUGACCCUCAGUUUAUGCUGCCACAAGGAUCGUCCCUCAGCCUGGAAGUCCAUUUACUUUGAGUGCCUUAGUAGUGGGAAGCACUUUCUGGAGCAAGUCUUGGUUACUGCACUCGACCUGAUUAAACACGAGGAGUUCAGUCAGCUGAAGGACUUACUGCAGCUGGAGUUUCAGCCGCUGUCUCGGCUGCUGUUGCUGCUCGGAUGGACUCAGUGUCGCAGUUUAAACUCUGCUCAGACGCUGCUCAGCAUCCUUCACAAGGAGCAGGCAGCAGCCAACGACUGUGUUCUGCAGGAGUUUGCCAAUCAUUUGUCAUCUCAGCUCGUAAUACUUGAAUGGUGUAAAAACAACAAUCCAGGGAUUUCCAUGGAAGCUUUGGUAGCUCAGCUUCACACUCUGGACAAUCACUCAGCCCUCUAUAUUCUGCACUCUCUGACUCCUUUAGCUCAGUUUGAAGAACGCAGGAUAUUAGAUCUACUGCAGCAAGAUUCACCAGAAACAGAGGACGCUGAGGCAGUCCGUACACUCAACCCUGGUGUGCAGAGGAAUAUAAUAUUGUUCCAGGGCUUCUGUGCCAUGAAGUAUGCCGUCUACGCACUCUGUGUAAAUGUACACAAAUACUCAAGCUGCACAGAGUGUGAGUCCAUGCAGCAGCAGAACUCUGAAGCAGAAAUGGACCGAAACAAAACCUCAUCUUCCUCAGAAGGUUGUAGUUUCGUUUUCCAGCACUACCUGUCCGAGUGUCAGCUUUAUCUAGAAACGGUGCCUGCCAUGUUCCGCCUGGAGCUCCUGGAGAAUAUCUUCUCCCUCCUCUUUCUGUCCACCGCUGAUUUUGCCCAACAGACUCGUACAGACUCUCAGUCAGAAGGUUUAUCAAAUACAAGAAACACAAAUGUAGAAUCGGACGCUAAGAUACACGAGACUGAGGAGAAAAGGAGGCAGAACCAGAAGCUGCAUUCGAGUCCAACAGCUGCCCACCGUCACCACCUGGACCUGGGACACUUCAUACAGGGCUGCAGGGGGUUUCUGGUGGACAUCACUGCCAUGGAGGGCUUUCUGAAGCUGCUGAAGGAAGGGCUGGAGGGAAUGUGUGUGGUGGGUCAACAGGAGGGACAGGAGGAGGGAAGAGCGCUGCUUCAAGAGGCCGAGGCGGCGGCCUGUCUGGGCUGCUCGGUGACUCCUGAGACGUUCGGGGCUCGACUGCAGAGGUUGUCUAAAAGGACAGCGGAGGCUCAGUGGAGGCUGCAGAUCAUCACCAGCAACCAGGGCAGUGGAAAUGGUUCAGAAAGUCCUCUCCAGAUGUCAGCAGUCAGUCGAGGUACAACGUCUUUGAAGCGCAGCGUGAGCUCGAGUCUGAGGAGGAGAAGGAAACCAGGGAGGCAUUCAAUAGAGAGACACUCGUCCGUAGAGAAACAUAAUGGAGAAGCCAGCACGAGUGCAUCAGAUGGUGGAGGCGGACCAGCUUCAGGUUGUGCUGAACCAGAGUUUUGUCCGUGUGGAGGCUCCCACAGCUGGCUGGUUCCUGCCAUGUUGUCGCCUCCAGAGUCUCUGCUAAUUUCCUGCAUCCGCCGAGGAAACUUCAUGGAGGCGCAUCAGGUGUCUGUGGUGUUUGAUCUGGAGGCGUCGGCCUGCUGUGGAGAGCUGGUGUUCAUGGAGCGCUACAAAGAAGUGCUGGUGGAGUUGGGGCAGGUGGAGCAGAAGAUGGAGCAUCAGUCCAUGUCUUCGUCCUCGUCCUCCUCAGAAGGUUUGGGAACAGCAGCUGCAACAGGAACAGGGACGGGGACAGGGAGGAGUCGUCUGGGCAGCAGUGGAAGAUCAACGCUGCAGGCGAUAGGAAGCGCUGCUGCUGCAGGUGUUGCUUUCUACUCCAUCUCAGACAUAGCCGACCGCCUCCUCAGCACCCCAGCUCACCCGCUGCCCUCCCUGGAGGAAGGUUACUGGCUGAGUCGCUGCUCUUCCGACGCUCCCGACCUCCUUUACACGCUGCUGGCUGAGCUCAGCCCUUCAGCCAUGGCUGCCUUCGACCUGGCCUGCUGCCACUGUCAGCUCUGGAAGACGUCUCGACAGCUGCUGGACACGGCGGAGCGCAGACUCAACAGCAGCCUGGAGGCUCGAGGAGUAAGAGUUGACCCUAAAGUGCCUCAUGCUGAAGGGAUCUGUGGAUUUCCAAUGAUAUUACAUCAGAUCAGCAAGAUCCUGAGUCACUCAUCCACUCAUAAGGGCUCCGUCAAAGCAGAAGCCGGUGGGGACGACCAGGUGUCUUCCAGCCCGUUUGGUUGCUCCAUCCAGGAGGUGCUGCUCUGCUGCCACCCGACGCUGACUGAAGAGUGUAUUUCUGCUCGGCUCGGCCUCACUCAGCGUCUGGAGAGCACCCUGCACAAUCUGAGCACCGCUACUGACGGCAUAGACGGCAGUGUGAGCAGCUCUCUGAUGGCCCUCCUGGUUGAACAGGCCAGUCUGAAGCAGUCGGAGCUGGACGCUCAUCCUGUUCGCUCCAGCAUGAAGCAGCUGCUGCGUUCUCUGGAUCAGCUCUGCCCCUUCGAGCCAGACGGAGAACUCGCCAGACCAGAUUUCGUGCGCAGCUUCUUCGACUACGUCAACACAUUGGCGUCUGUUUUAGUGCGAAGCCUCAGUUCAGAAGACUACAACAGUGAAGUGAAACUCGGGAAUCCACUGCUGGUGUUGCUUCAAACCCCAUUUCAGCUUUUCUCCCACCUGCUGUUUGACCGGCAGGUGUCUCCUGACAGAGUUCUGUUAUUGCUGCAGCAGGAAGGUCUGCGCCUGAGUGUCCAGCAGGUGAUCGUCCAGCGAUGCUGUGAGACUCUUCCUGUGUGGAUCUCAUGUCCGGGUGAUGACGGAGUCUCCGGGAAAGACGACGGACCCUUCAGUGUCGCCAGUUUGUCUCUUCUGCUCCAACAACAUGCUCAGGAUCACGUGACGACUCUGGGAAUCACAGAGUCUCAGUCUGACGUGAGUUCCGAGUCCGAAGUCUCAGUGGACGACCACUCAGCUUCCCCCACCAACCUCUCCACGUCUCCGCCAUCCACCUCUUCAUCCUCAAACUCCUUCCUCCUCACACCAUCAGCCCUGUCUUUCCUGAAGUCUCGCUCUCCUUUACUGGCCCUGCUGGCCUGUCUGACGGCCUGUAAAGGAGAACCUGCUCGGGCACAACCCUCUGGCUGGUCCGGAUACUUCCGCAGCGGCCGUAAAGAGGUCGUCCUGGAUGGUGAGCAGAUUUCAAGAGAAGCUGACAACCUCUUGAAGGAGUUCCCCAUCCUGCGGUCUUUCCUUCAGACCAUGGCUGAACCGGUGCUGGGAACCCCGUUAGGCGAAGACGAGGAGAGUUCUGCUGGUCUCGGAUCAGUCAUCUGUGGGAAACCUCUGGUCAGCCUCCUGCUCUCUGGGCCUCAGGAGGAGCUUUCUCAGGCUGCGGCUGCUGAGGCCUUCCAGAAAGCUCUGGCCUCCAGAGACCUGAGCCGAGCCCUCAGUCUGCUGGAGCUUUAUGGGCAGGGCGGAAGCCAGGAGGGGGCGCUAAGAGACCGCUUACUGGCCUUUGCUGCUCUAGAGGAUGGAGAUGAAGGUAUCGGCCAUCUGUUCCGGGUGCAGGAUGCCAACCUGCGAGCCCGAGUCGCCCUCCAGGCUCUGGAGCGAUGGCCUCUGUCGUCCUGCCUGGAGCUGCUCGAGUUCUGCCUCAAUGACUCCGACACAGAGCCCUCGCUGAAGACAGACCUGGAGCUCAAGAAGAAAGAACUGGACAUCUACCACGCAAUGUUGAAUUUACAGCCCCCGUUGCCGUGGGCCACGUGGCAGGAGCUGAGAACCAAAUCCAAGACAGACUCUGAGAAAAUGCUGUCUAUGAUCAUGGAGGCAAAAGAGUUUGCUCUUUGUGCACAGUGGGUAGAGCUGUAUCCCGUAUCCAACCAGCUGAGACUGCAGCUGCAGACUGAACAUUUGCUUCAUCUGCUGGAGAAGGGGCAAACAGAUGAAGCUUUUCAGCUGCUCGAGGGUUUGUCAGAUUUUGGCGUCGGUCUGGAUGUUUGUGAGCGCGCUCUGGAUCGGCGGCCCGGUUUGCCUGCCUGUCACUUCUUGGCCGACUACCUCACCAUGCAUUUCCAGAUGCAGGUGUCUCCAGCACGUCGACGACACAUUCAUGCCCUCCAUCUGGGCUCCAAGGUGUUGCUGACUCUUCCCCCGGCUGCCAGGCAGGAAUACUUUGCCCUGCUGUCGGACCCGCUGUUGAUGCUGGAGCAGCUGCUGAUGAACCUGAAGGUGGACUGGGUGGAUGUGGCGGUUCAAACCCUGCGGAGCCUCCUGGUCGGUCAGGAAGCCGGAUUUAACGCCGAGGACAUCGAUAAGCUGCUGGCGGACUACGCCUGCAAGGCCCUCGACUUCCCCUGCGCUCCCAGAGAGAGGUCUCGAUCCGACUCUGUAAUCAGCCUGCAGGAGACGCUGAUGCAGUGUCCAGCUCAGGACAGCAGCUCCCUGAUGUCCAGUCGAAUUGAAUCUCCAUCAUCCUCCGCAAGCAGCACCCCGACACACACCUCCUCAAUGAGCAGCUCAGACAGGGAAAGAGGCUCGGCAGGGAAGAAACGUCGCUCGUCCACAAAGUUCCAGCCUCCAGAGCAACCACCGGCCCGAAAAGACUGGGUCCCCGACACCCAGCAGGUCGUCUGCAUGGUCUGCCAGAGGGAGAGGUUCACCAUGUUCAACAGACGGCAUCACUGUCGGAGAUGCGGCCGUCUGGUUUGUCACGCCUGUUCUGAGAAGAAGAUGCCCAUUGAAGGAUGUCCAGGAGACGAAGUCAGAGUCUGUGAUCAGUGUUACGCCUACUUUCACCCAGACUCCGACGAUGAGCAGGAACCAGCUGAAGUGGCUGGUAGUCCUGUCGUCACAGAGUCGACUCUGGACGGGAUGUUGCAUCUGCCUGAAGUGGUCCAACGACAAUUUCAGCUCAGCUCAGACUCUGCAGAGAACCAGCUGCUGCGGAGCGAAUUCUACUACGAACAGGCUCCCAGCGCCUACCUCUGCGUGGCCAUUUUGUCUCUGCACAGCGACCAAACAGCCUGCGGUCACCAGCUCAUCGGCCACUGCCGCUCUUUAUCUCGUAACCUGAACAACCCGGAGGUGGACGCCUGCCUGCUCACCGACAUCAUGAAGCAGCUGCUGUUCAGCGCCAAGCUGAUGUUUGUUAAAGUCGGCCGCAGCCAGGAUCUCGCCUUGUGUGACAGUUACACCAGUAAAGUCGACGUUCUUAAGAUUCUAGUGACGGCCAAUUACAAAUAUAUUCCCUCUCUGGACGACAUUCUGGAGACUGCUGCCGUCACGCGCCUCCGUAAUCAGCUGCUGGAAGCUGAAUACUACCAGCUAGCAGUGGAGGUGUCCACUAAGAGCGGCCUGGACCCUAGCGGUGUGUGGCAGGCCUGGGGAUUGGCGUUGCUGAAGGCAGGAAUCCUUUCAGCGGCCAGGGAGAAGUUCACUCGCUGCCUGAAGCCCCCGGUGGACCGAAACCAGCUCAGCCAGGGUCCUUCACUGCUGCAGGAGGUCGUCCAGCACCUGGAGACCACAGUGAGGCCCAGUCAAGCCACGCCCUUUGAUGAAGACAUUCUGGCUCCUUUACGGGAGCUGGAGGACGCCCUGAACGAUGUCGCUCCUGUGGAUCGGUCAGAGUCUCCGACGAAGAGCAACAGCUUCCACCAGGAGUGUCUUUACUACCUGAACACGUACGGGACUCACCUGGCGCUCAUCAGCUUCUACAUGCGCCACGACGGUAUGAAAGAAGCUCUGACGUACCUGAUUAACAAGGACUGCCCAGAGGAGAUCUUCCUGGAGGGUGUGCUGCAGCCCAGUCUGGAACGAGGCUGUCUUGGCAUGCUGCAGGGAAUUCUGGAAAAACUGGACCCGGGCCUGGAGUCGUGCAGCCGUUACCUCAUGGCCUCCUGUCAGUUCCUGCAGCGACGGGCGUACUAUCACUCUCUGUACCAGCUGCAGCAGUUCAUGAUGGACCACGUACGUGCAGCCAUGACCUGCAUCCGGUUCUUCACGCAUGGAGCCAGUUCAUACCUCCAGCUGGGGGAACGGCAGCGCUGGUUGGUCCGAGCCAAAGAACACCUGAAGACGUACCUGCAGGAGCAGCAGGGUCGAGGUGGAGGAAGGAGGAGGUCGCAGGUCAACUCUUUCAGGAAGAUGAUGUCCUCCAGUGAUGUGUCCAGACACAUGAAUACGAUAGAGCUGCAGCUGGAGGUGACCCGUUUCCUUCACCGCUGUGAGGCUGCGACGUCCUCCAAGGCCCCACAGACCAGCAGCCCGCCUUCCUCCAAGUCCUCUGGAUCCAGUUCACUGCCUACGCUGUUCGGAGGAAGUCCUAUGAAGGUUGAAGUCGCCUGCAAGGUGAUGCUUGGAGGAAAAAACAUAGAGGAGGGUUUUGGCAUCGCUUAUAGAGUCAUACAGGACUUCCAGCUGGAGGCCCAGGCCGUCUACGUUCGGGCCGGUCAAAGACUCGUCCGACAGAAGCAGUAUGGAUCUGUGAGGCAGCUGCUCAAGUGUGUCGGCGAAUCAGGAACUGCCACCAAAAACGACUGCGACGCCCUCAUCCUCGACUGUGUCUCCACUGCAGAUAAAGGACCGGCUGAUGCCAAGGAGCUGGAAAGUCUCAUUCUGGAGAUGAAGAGCGCAGAAAACAAGAUCAAAGCCUACCUGGUUUGCAGUAAGCUGAGGCCGGCGUACCUGCUGGCGGUGAAGCUGGAGUCGAGCCGAGCCGGUCCGCUGGUUCAGGACGUCCUUCAGGCCGCCGAGGGAACUCAGGACUCGGUGAUGCAGAACAUCUGCCGGCAGUGGCUCUCUGAACACAGCAACAAGGCGCCUCAGCAGCGGCAGGCCCGACCCAACGCCAGGUAAAGGCCCAGUCAGUCGGCGAAACAAGGGAUCACUCAGACAGCAUUUAAAAACUAUACGGAAAAGAGGAUUCAUUGUUCUUGGGGGGUGAACUGACAUGACUUUGCAUAGUCUGUAAUUGAUACCCGGCACUUAUUUCAACUAUAAUACAGCUGACACUCAGUUUUUACACCUUUUUCAUUCAAUUUCCUGUAAAAUUUUAUUACAUUUUGCACAGAAGCACCACAUUUAGCUGUCUGUCGUCGUUUCUUGUCUCUUCGGGGAGGAAAUUUGACUUCAUCGUGGAAAUAUUUCAAAAAUCUAAAGCACAUAAAUAUAUUAAAACUGGAUCCUCGCCAAAUAGAACAAACCCUGAUGGCCUCUGUUGUUUGAGGUCGCCUUGCGUGCUGUAAAACUCGUGAAUCACCGCCGUGCUUUAUCUCUACGCCGGAAAUAUUUAGCUGUUAACACUCAUCUGUGCAGUAUUUGAGAAGGGGGCAGUGUGAACGUGCGGGAGCUACAACCACUAUUGUGUAACAGAAAUGCUUUUCGCAGUGUCCAGGUCCAGUCACGCUUGCGCAAUAUGAGCAUAUCUUUAUGGUAUUUGUGUAAGUUUUACCUCCUACCUCAGCCCAAAGGGAAAAUAUCUACAACAGACUGGAAGGCCUCUAGAAAGGUGUUACAUGUAGGUCUUUAUUUCCCCAUUUUUAUGUCGUUUUUGCGCUUGAAUAAGGUUUUUACUUGUGAUGUACCUUGACGAAUCUAAAAAAUUGUCGUGUUUUUGUAAUCUGAUGAAGCUGUUAUCCUGUUUUACCUGUACAGCACAUUGUGUGGUCGGCUUUCAGCAAAUGCACAAGAAGGAUUAGUGUCAAACCGUUUAAAAUAUUUAAGAAACUGCUGAGACGUUUCCAGGAAAUGUUAAAGUUUUUAGGAUACAGAAAGGGACCCACACUAGUUCAUUUUCCAGUAAUUCGACUUGUAGUCAGUCGUUUUAUUUCCUAUUUAGGCAGUAAUUGCUCCAAGUAAUGCUGAUUGGACAUCACGUUUUCUUGCUUUGUUCUCACCGGAGACGUGACCCACAUCUGUCUGAACUGUAGAAAUCCACAAUGAAUCACCUAAACACAGGAGGAGUCAAAUAAUGUUCCAAAAAAAAGGGAUUUAACUGUUGCCAUAUGUUGUUUUUGCUUUUAUUCACAAACCUGCAACCCAGAUAACGGUGCAGAUGUAUAUCCACGUUAUUUUUUAGUUGAUUUAUGUCAUAGUUCUUGUUGUCACGUGGUCAAGUAGUCCAUCUUUACUUGGAGGAGAUCCUGUGUCGUCCCUUUGCCUUGCUUUGCUGCUGCACUAGUCGGAAAACGGAGCCAGAUCCAGUGUUAAUUGACGUGAAAUGAAAAGAAGCCAGUUGAGACUUGAGAUGCACUCUAAUUCCUCUUAACUUUGACUGUUGUGUCUCAUCACUGCCGCACUUUAUACUUAGCGAAUUAAGAAAGAAAAUAAUUAUAUGGGGAAUAAUUGUAAAAUAUGUAACACAGUAACUGCUUCAACGAUGCAGGGAUGAGUGAUUUUGAAAUGUACAUGGUUUCUCCAUCCCUUCUAAAAUAAACAUGGAAUAUUUAAAAAUGUG